AUGGAUGCGCUGAAGGCAGAGAUUGCAAAUAAGCGGAAGGUGUUUGAGGCGGAGCCAAUCCUCUCAAGGCCAACAAAGUACAUGCGUCGAGGCGACAUCGAGCGUCUCAAGGAAGAGAAUGAGCGCAAGGAGAGGGAAGAGAAGGAGACAAGAGAGAGAGAAGAACAGGAAAAGCAAUUGGAGGAGCGAAGGAGAAGUUCGGCGAAAGCUUCGUUUUCCCGCACAGACACUGGUUCACCCUUCCCGGAUGGCAUAAGUGAUAGCGCAUCUCCUGCCCCUGAAUCCUCUUUCAACAUCUCGAACGAAGAAACCAUCCGCCGCCUGAGGGCUAAAGGGCAACCAAUCCGUCUGUUUGGAGAAUUUGACAAAGACCGGCGGUUGCGUCUCCGUGCUUUGGAGCUUAUUGAAGAGAAGAACCACGAACGCCAAGGCGGACAGAAUGACUUCAAAAAGGCCUUGGAGGACGUAGAGAACGUCGAAAGGCUUCUGAGGGACAAGCGUGCGCAAGAAGAGGCCAAGGACAAGGGCAAGAAGAAAGAAAGCAAGGACGGCGGUGCUGACAACCGGGAAGUUCUUGACCUUGGACUCGUCAAGACAGACCCAGACAAGUUGUACCCGAUAAUUUACUACGCUUUGAAGAGAACUUUGAAGGAAUGGGAAGAAUGGAUGGGCGAACGGCCUGGUGUGGCAUUCUUUUCCCUCGAUUCAUAUUGCCCCAUCUCAUUACUGCCUCUGUCCCUGCUCCUACUGGCAGAACAUGUAAAGCGGACAACCCAGGGGAAGCUAGCGUCUGCCACACAACGACAGUCUGCAGAAUAUCUCAAACCACUUUUCAAGUUGCUCCGUUCGAGGUCUCUUCCCCCUGAUAUGCUGGCGCGCGUCGCAGAAAUCGUCCAUUACAUGCAAAAGAGGCAAUAUCAGAAGGCGAAUGAUUCGUACCUGCGCCUGUCAAUUGGAAACGCGCCGUGGCCUAUCGGUGUUACGAUGGUUGGUAUCCACGAGCGUUCUGCGCGCGAGAAGAUCUCUGCAGAUCAGGUUGCUCACGUGCUUAACGAUGAAGUUAGUCGGAAAUAUAUCCAGAGCUUGAAACGGCUUCUGACAUUCUCGCAAACGAAGUACCCUCCCGAGGACGUGACGCAAUUGAUGGGAUAA